GGCUGCGUUUCUCUUCUCUUUCUGGGGUGCGAAGGGUGGGUGGAGGGAUGAAGGAAUGUGUGUGCGUGUAGCGGGGUCCCUCUCUUUGCUCGGGUGGUGAUGCCGGCCACCCUGGCUCCAGGGUGAGGAUGGAGGAGAGCGGAUUCCCCCUCCCCGGUGCCGCUGAGCCCCCUUUUCCCCCCAAGGCUGGGGCACCCCACGAGCCAGGCGGUUGAGAAGGUCCCCACCCGGCAUGGCAGUGGGUGCCCCACGUCCCCCCCCGCUCUCUCCCGCAGGACCGAGGAUGUCCUCGAUGUUCGGCAAACCCCGAGCCGGCGGCGAGCGGCCGCCCCAGAGCCCCCUCGCCGAGUGCAACGUGGCCAUCCUGGGGUGCCGAGGGGCCGGCAAGUCAGCUCUGACCGUGAAGUUUCUAACCAAGAGGUUCAUAAGUGAAUAUGAUCCGAACUUGGAGGACACUUACGCCUCGGAGGAGCUGGUGGAUCAGCAGCCUGUGCUGCUGAAGGUGAUGGACACGGCCGACCAGGACGGCCCCGGGAACUGCGAGCGCUACCUGUGCUGGGCCAGCGCCUUCCUCGUCGUCUACAGCAUCGACGACACCAAGAGCUUCGAGGGCUGCCAGCGUUACCUGGAGGUCCUCGCCCUGCACGCGAGGGGCUGCCGGCGCCGCUGCCCCGUGCUCCUGCUGGGCAACAAGCUGGACAUGGAGCAGUACAGGCAGGUGCCCGCCACCGAAGGGAUGUCCCUGGCGAGCAGGUUCGGGUGCCUCUUCUACGAGGUGUCGGCGUGCCAGGACUUCGCGGGGGUGCAGCGCGUCUUCCACGAAGCCGUGCGGGAGGUGCGGCGCCAGGCGGAGCGGAGCCUCCCUGUCCGGCCGCUCUUCAUCACCGAGGAGCGUCCCUGCCCGCCGGUGGCCACGCCGGUCACCCUGCCCACCCGCCACGGCUUGGCCAGCUGCACCUACAACACCCUCUCCACCGUUAACUACAAGGAGAUCCCCUCGGUGGCCCAGGCCAAGCUGGUCACCGUCAAGUCCUCGCGGGCUCAGAGCAAGAGGAAAGCUCCUACGCUCACCUUGCUGAAAGGCUUCAAGAUAUUUUAGGAUGCAGCCCCGAGGGCUGUGGAGGGGUGAGGGGGCGGCGGGAGACCCCCCGUUCUCCCGGCUCCGCGAGGGCUGGGACCAUCCGUGACGGACUCACGGACACCACAGCGGGCGCUGGCGGACGGUGGCCCCGGUCUCCAUGCCGGGGCGAAGCCCGCGGUGACGGUUUGGCGAGCGGACGGGGUGCCGAGAGUCCGAAAUCGGCUGUGGCAUCGCUCUGCCUCGCCCCCCACCCCGGCUGUUGUCCCCCUCCCCAGCCGAGCGCCCCGGCCUGCCGCCGGCACCAGGGCCCAGCCUGGUUUUCCCUGCGGAUCCGGGUGGUUCCCGGAGCAGCCGGAGCCGCUGGCACCACCCCAGGGCCCCCCAGCUGGGCUGGGCGCCUGGCGCACCGUGAGGGGAGCCCAGGAAGGGGGAAUUAAUCAUUAAUCAAGACUCAUUUGUCUCACGGGUCCCCUGACCAAGCAAUAAGUAAGAGGAAUUUUUAAUUUUUUUUUUUUUUAAUCUGAACAAGAAAGGUGCAGAUAUUGUUUCAGCUGACUAAAGGCCUCAGGUGUCCUGAAACCGAUUCCCAUGCAUUGAACUAAGUCAUACCAAAACAGCUGUUUUUUUAAUCAACUUUUUACACUAUAGUGUUCCUUUUCAAAGGCUUUGCGAGGAGUGAUGCUUCGCUGACGAGGACACGCUCUGAAAAGCCUUUGUUUAAAAGACUGAUGUAUUUCCAAAAAUCUCUUAAAUUAUUUCACGGUUUCUACAAGUGCCCAGUGACGGGCGUGCAGUGAAUCCUGAAGCAGAACAGGCUCUACCCGUGCCCAAGCCAGGGCCAAGGGCCGCGCGUUCAGUUUCAUUUGCUGGAUCAGGUUAAAUGGUUUGCUUCUCCUUGGAGUUGCAGUUACUCUGCAGAGUAAAAUAUCCAUGUGUAUAUUUGUACACAUAUAUAUAUAUAUAUAUAUAUAUGACCUUACUGUGAGAGAGAGAUAUUCAAUAUGGGAUUUUGAUCAACGACUUUGGAAAGUAUUUUAAUAAAGACAAUUUCUGAAAAGCACAAAA